CCCAGCUCAGAAGAAAGACAUACAGCUGAAUGCUGCUUCAGUUCAACAAUUUAGUCUGAAUUUCCAGGCUGAAGUUACUCCUGCUUGAGAUCGGCAAUAUCUUACGUUGAUGUAUAUGUCUCAGAAUGGUCGCUGAUCUGCACCUAGACACCCACCGGGGCUUCCUAAGCUUCGCCAUCCUAAUAUUGACAGGCACUAAAUUAGUCCUGGCCCAGAAUGAUUGUACAGGCGUGGAGUGCCAACCGCUAGUAAACUGCAUUGAAGAAGUGAAGGAGGAAGGCUCCUGUUGUCCCACCUGUGCACAGUUUGGUUGCACAUGCGAAGGAUACCAGUAUUAUGACUGUCUGAAUGUUGGAUUUAAAGAUGGCAAAGUGCCAGAGGGAGAGUCGUAUUUUGUUGACUUUGGAAGCACUGAAUGUUCUUGUCCUUCUGGAGGUGGAAGAAUCAGCUGCGACUUUAUACCAUGCCCUGAACUGCCUCCAAAUUGUAUUGAUAUCAUACAACCAGUGGAUGGUUGUGUUCAGUGUGGUAGAAUAGGGUGCACGCAUGGAGAUGAAAAAUACGAAGCAGGUUAUACUUUCCAUAUGUCUCUCUGUAAAUUUUGCCAUUGCCCAAACACUGGAGGAGAGUUAAUGUGCUAUGACAUUCCUGAUUGUGACUUGGAGCUGGACAAUAGCACUCCUCAUACAGAUACUCUAGACGGUGACCUAGAUAAACAAUAUGAUUAUCCAUACAGCCAUGAGCAGGAUUCACUAGAACUAGCAAACACUGAAUUUGUUGAAAAAACAAAUAACUAUAAAAGAAAUGCAAUGCUAGAGGAUUCCAUUUUGGAUUACGAUGACGACAUGGAUGAAACUUUACAAUCUUUGUCUACAACAGUCCAACCUGUUAAGUUAACAGAUUUCACAACAAUAGGUAAUGAAAUGCAUCUUUCCUCCGAACGUACAAGACUUGGAGUGUCUGAUGUUACAGUGCACACCACAGAAAGCAGCACAACAACUGCAUCCACAACUUUAACAACAACCACAGAAAGUUUGCCUACAAUAAAACCAACAACAGCUACAACACCGCCAAUGACUACAUAUAAAACAACAAGGGCACCCACAGACACCUCAACAGCAAGAAUGACAUCAUCAACAGUGAUAUUGACAACAUCUAAGGGUAGUGAUGAUGAAAUAACCACAACACAGCCAGAUAAGCAAGAUGUUAUGGGAUCUCACAACCAAACACAAGUGAUGCCAAAAGAAGAAGAAUUCCCCAGUGUAUCAUCUCCAGGAAACACCACGACUAACAGAGAACUCGGGAAAUUGGAUCUACAGAUUAACAACGAGAAACACACAAUCUCACCACUGAGUAAAGAUGUUUUCCCUGAAGAGGAAGAAAGAGGAAGUAUGACUUUAGACAUGAAAUCUACUCCAGCAUCUGUUCUUCCAAUUGCUGUAGAAGAAUCGCAUAGCCAAACAUCUCUGACGGAGUUAAAUACGCAUCUCACCCAGGAUUUAGACAAAUGGGGCUUACCCAAUGACAUCUUAAAUAACUCAAGACCAUAUGAGGGGUCAUCAAAAGAUCUAAUUGAAACAUGCUGUACAGAAGGUCAACAAUGGUCUAUAGACAACGGGGAGUGUGAAAAUAUGCCUUCAAGUGCAUCUGAGGAUUGCAGGCUGGUUAAAAAGCAGUGCUGUACAUCUUACCUAAAAGAAAAUACUUGCAUUGCUGGAAUGGUCGCUGCAAAAGAAGAUGGGAUUUGUUUCCCCGCUGAAAACGAUAUGUGUCAACGGUCUUAUUUCAAGCUAUGUUGUGAUUGUUGUUCUUUGGGUCUGAAACUAAGAAGAGAAGGACAUUCCUGCGAGUCCAACCUAAACCUUGGCUAUCCUUGUAACAAUAUGAUGAUCUUAUGCUGCAACGGAGAAGAGCAGUUGAUUGCCCCGGAUAUAAAUGUGCCUCUGAAACCUGAACCAACACUAGCACCUAAAAGAGAUAUUGAUGAAUGUGUUCAGAAUAAACACACCUGUGUAAAAGGCGAACGCUGUAUAAACACAGUUGGAUCAUUUGUAUGUAUCCAAGAAGUGAUAUGUGACACUGGCUACACAUUAGCAGAUGGCAUCUGCAAAGAUAUUGAUGAAUGUGUUCAGAAUAAACACACCUGUGUGAAAGGCGAACGUUGUAUCAACACAGUUGGAUCAUUUGUAUGUAUCAAAGAAGUGAUGUGUGACACUGGCUACACAUUAGCAGAUGGCAUCUGCAAAGAUAUAGAUGAAUGUGCAGCCACACAAGGUCCAUGCAAACAAGGAUUCAAUUGUCUGAACACCAUGGGAUCAUACGUGUGCCAGAAAAAACAAUUGAAUUGUAAGAGAGGAUACAAGUCAGAUGAAAAUGGAACAAUAUGCCUUGAUAUUGACGAGUGUAAAACUGGUGCACAUAACUGUUCCAACGAGCAAUCCUGUUACAAUCUACCUGGGACGUAUCGCUGCGACUGCAAAAUGGGAUAUCGCUAUGACUCCAUCAGAAAAAGUUGUAUAGAUAUAAAUGAGUGCUGGAUUUACCCGGGACGUCUUUGCCAUCAUACGUGUGAGAAUACUGUAGGGUCAUACAAAUGCUCCUGCUUUGCUGGCUUUCAGUUAGCCGAUGAUGGGAAGCGUUGUGAAGAUGUGAACGAGUGCGAGAAAAACCCAUGUAACCAGGAGUGCACUAAUGUUUAUGGGUCCUAUCAGUGUUACUGCAAGGAGGGAUACAAGUUGGGAGUUGACGGCAUCUCUUGUGAAGAUAUUGAUGAGUGUGUUCAAGGCCUUGGAAGCCACUGUGUUUUCGCCUGUGUCAAUACACCUGGUAGCUACCAAUGCGCCUGUCCUGAGACGGGAUACACCAAGUCAGCAAAUGGAUUAUCAUGCAAAGAUAUCGAUGAGUGUGAAAUAGGAACACAUAAUUGCACAUCUACGGAGGAGUGCUAUAAUGUCCAUGGAAGCUACAAGUGCCUGUCUUACGAGUGCCCAGAGAACUACAGAAGGGUUUCAAACACGCAAUGUGAAAGAAUCACCUGCUUCAAUUACCAGGACUGCCAAAAUACCCCUGUACGAAUCUCUUACCAUCGACUGAAUUUUCCAGUUAAUGUGAUGGUCCCAGCACAGAUUUUCCGCAUCGGACCUUCACCCGCGUAUGCUGGAGACAACAUUCUAAUGGAUAUUAAGAAAGGAAAUGAAGAAAACUAUUUCAGCGCUAGAAAGUUCAACCCCUAUACAGGCAUACUCCAUCUUCAAAGGCCCAUCAAGAAGUCCAAGGACUUCCUGUUGGAUGUUGAGAUGAAACUGUUUCGUCAGGGGGUGGUCACCACCUUUCUUUCUAGGAUCUACAUAUUUAUUACCUCCCCUACUUCCUAAUAUCUGCAGGUUUCUCUUACAGUUUAACCAUCAGGGACUGAGCAAUGGAAACUACGUCUCAUUCAUGUUGAAUAACAAAUCUACCAAACCAGGUGGACCAACCAAAACCUUGUUCCUCUUUUCUCCACCUCAGCACAAAAAAAGUAAAAAUAAAUUGGUUACUUUGUCAACCAACUAAAUUAACUAAUCGAUUGCAAACAAUGUGGAAGAAUUAAAAGGAAAUAUCUAUUAGGUACUUGAAUAUGGCCUUCCCUGAGAAUAACCUUGGUAGGCAUUGUAGCCAACUUAUAGUGAAAAUAUAAGAUUCAUGUAAAAAUAUUAAUGUAGUGUUUUCAUGUGUCUUAGUAAAUGAAUCUUUAU